CAUGGGCAACAGCUCGCUCCCCAUAUUGUACUGCCCUGGCUCGCAGAUCUAGACAUCAUCGCUGGCCGACCCCGCCUAACGGAGUCCUCAUUCAGUGUGUGUGAGGUCUGUGUAGUGUGUGUAUGUGUGGGGUCUGUGUGUAUUACAAUGAAAAUCAGCGUUCUUUACGACAAAAAAUCGUGCCCGCGACCUCGCCUUUAAGCGUCCCUUCGCCCUUUAAGCGAAGACUCCGGUUUGGCAGUGAGGCUUUGACGUCAGCACGUCAAUUUCCACUGAAACUCCCGUGGAAGAGAAGUGCUGUGAAACUGACCAAAUGGGACCUUUACCGACACUCUGACUGGAACAAAAAAAAAGGCCGUGGUAGCUGAGGAAUCGCACCGAGCUGGAGCUUUCGGACUUGGGUUGGAUCCUUUUCUUGCUCCGGGACCGCUUGUGUAACUUUGUCCGCACGGUCGGCUACACUGUAUCGAGCGCGAAGUGUACGAAGUAUCGGGCGCCGAUUGUAACAAUGUUACCGAACGUUGCGACAGGCCGGGAGCCGCAGCAAGGCAACCAGAUCCCUGAGCCGCCCCCGGCUCCUCCACCCCCGAGAACCGGCGCCCAGACCAAGAAAAACGCCAUCACCGACGACUACAAGGUCACAGCGCAGGUUCUGGGACUUGGCAUCAAUGGCAAAGUUUUGGAAUGUUUCAACAAGAAAACCGGCGAGAAAUUUGCGCUGAAGAUGCUGCAGGACUGUUCGAAGGCCCGGCGGGAGAUGGAUCUCCACUGCCGAGCGUCCGGCUGCAAUCACAUAGUCCGCAUUGUGGACGUCUACGAGAACUUGUACCAGGGGAGGAAGUGCCUUCUUAUCGUCAUGGAAUGUAUGGAAGGAGGUGAACUCUUCAGCAGAAUCCAGGACAGAGGAGAUCAGGCAUUCACGGAGCGAGAGGCCUCUGAGAUCAUGAAGAGCAUUGGGGAGGCCGUCCUGCACCUGCACUCCGUGAACAUUGCUCAUCGAGAUGUGAAGCCAGAGAAUCUGUUGUACACCUCCAAACGACCCAACGCUGUCCUAAAGCUAACAGAUUUCGGCUUUGCCAAAGAAACUACUAGCUAUAAUUCACUAGCCACUCCUUGCUACACCCCUUAUUAUGUGGCUCCGGAGGUUCUCGGUCCUGAGAAGUAUGACAAAUCCUGUGAUAUGUGGUCAUUGGGUGUCAUCAUGUAUAUUCUGUUAUGUGGAUAUCCUCCAUUCUACUCCAACCAUGGACUGGCCAUCUCUCCUGGAAUGAAGAGACGAAUCCGAAUGGGACAGUAUGAAUUUCCAAAUCCAGAGUGGUCGGAAGUUUCGGAGGAAGCCAAGCAAUUGAUCAGACAUCUCCUGAAGACCGAGCCAACGCAACGUAUGACCAUCAUGGAAUUCAUGAACCAUCCCUGGAUUAAUCAAUCGAAUCAGGUUCCACAGACACCUCUUCACACCAGCAGAGUCCUGAAGGAAGAGAAGGACCUAUGGGAAGAAGUGAAGGAGGAAAUGACCAGUGCCUUGGCCACCAUGAGAGUUGACUACGAACAAAUUAAAAUCAAAAAAAUAGAAGAGUCGUGCAACCCACUGCUGAUAAAAAGGAGAAAGAAGGGGUUAACUGCGUCCACUGCAGCUGGACAUUGAGACACAGCAACACACAGAGAAGUGGGACAGGGUGGGAUGGGCGCCACACUGUUAUUUUUAGAGAAUUCUUUUUAAAUGUCGCAUGAAGUUGAGGAAUUUUUAAUCAGUGGGCUUUUUGAAUUUUAUUUUUGAAUACUCUCUUUACCUCUCUCUCGAGCGGAGGUGAACAUUCUGCUGUGAGACACAGUGGGGGUGAGGACAUGAGGGGGGUGGUUUUUAAUGAGAUGUAAAAGACCAGAGAUUGGGCUUGGGAGUUGGCGGUCGACUGGUGAAUCCUGUGAAAAAGACUAGUGUGCUCUUUGAACCGAAUAUUUGUCAUUCGGUGUAAUAGUUGAGAGAAAUUUCCUUUGUGUCUAUUGAUUUCUGCAACUUAAGACAUAAUAGGAACAGAACUGGCUAUUCAGCCCAUCGAGUCUGUUCCACCAUUCCAUCAUGGCUGAUUUAUUUUUCUUCUCAGCCCCAUUCUUCUGCCUUCUCCCUGUAACCUUUGAUGCCCUGACUAAUUAAGAGCCUAUCAACUUCUGCUUUAAAUACACCCAAUGACCUGGCCUCCACAGCUGUCUGUGGCAAUGAAAUCCACAGAUUCACCACCCUCUGGCUAAAGUACAUCUCUGUUUUAAAUGGACGCCUCUCUAUUCAGCUGCUCUAGACUCUAGGUCCAACACUAUUGGAAACAGCCUCUCUAUAUCCACUUUUUCCCAGCCUUUCAGUAUUCAAGCAGCAACUGUUCUCAAAUCUUUAUUCACUUAGUUUAAAGAACAUAGAACAUAGAAAUUUACAGCACAUGACAGGCCUCUCGGCCCACAAUGUUGUGCCAGCCUAUCAGAUGCAUGGGAUUUGCGUUUUGUGGUUUUAGAAGUUUGAAGUCUUCACUAAAAUUGAACCUUUCUAAGAAUGCUGGAAACUUUCAUCAGAGAUGUACAUUGAUUUUUCUCUGGAAGUUUAUUCAAUUACACAAAACUCAUGUAAAUGCCCCUGAAUUGAACGCAGUUACAGUAUUUUCCCCCUCAGAUUCAGAUUGGCUGUAUGAACUUCAGCAAAAAAAAAAGAAAACGUCCGAUGAUCCAGAUGUGUCCAGUUGCGUGCAAUGGUCUGACUGAGCUGUGACUAUUCUUCUCACCCAAUCACCCCUACCGGGGCAUAGGUCACUGACAGCAGCUCACCUCUGUCCUGGGCCAAUCUUUCAAACUGUCCGCUGGCGUAGCCCGUCUUUGAAGAUCUUUCCUCUCCCAGGGAUGAGAUCUUUGGAGCUUCUGUUGGUGUUUCUGUAGCUCUGGGCUUCUGCAGGGUGGGUUUGCCAGCCUCAUAUCCCACCCUCCUCCUUUCGUAGUUGGUCAUGGGACCAUCCAUGGUGGAGUUGAAACCGUGACUACGUUAUAAACACGAGAGAUUCUGCCGGAAAUCCAGAUUAACACCACAAAACACUGGAUGAACUCAACGGGUCAGGCAGCAUCUAUGGAGGGGGAUAAACAGUCAACGUUUCGGGCCGAGACCCUUCAUCAGGACUGGGAAGAGGGGAAGGAGGAUAGCUAGAGGAUGAUGGGUGAAGCCAGGUGAGUGGGGAAGAUAAAGGGCUGGAGAAGAGGGAUUCUGCUAGGAGAGGCGGGAGGACCAUGGGAGAAAGGGGAAGGAGGAGAGGCACCGGGUGGAGGCGAUAGGAGGGUUAGGAGGCCAAUGUUGAGGAAUGGAGUAAGGGAAGGAGAAAAAUACUGGAUGGAGAAAUCAAUAUUCAUGCCAUGAGGUUGGAUGCUACCCAGGCGGAAUAUGAAGUGUUGCUCCUCCACCCUGAGGGUGGCCUUAUGUGGCAGAAGAGGACACUAUGGACCAACAUGUUGAAAUGAGAAUGGGGUAGGAAUUAAAAUAGUUGGCCACCGGCAAAUUCCGCUUUUGGCCGUUGGACUCUGUUAGCUGUUUUAUGCUUGACUACACUACUGUCGACUUCCUAAAUAGCACAAGUAGAGAAGCGGCCCUUAAGUUUCUUUGGGAUUAUGGUCCCAAUCCAAGAUUGUCAUCACUCCUAUUAGCAGCCAGUAGACAUUUUUCUGUUCCUCACACCUCCCAGCAACCAUCUAGUUCUCUCCACUUGAUAUGCACUUACAAAAAUGUUACACUAUAGGAUUGGACUAGAUUCAGAUUCAUUUAUUUAUCGAAACAUACAGUGAAAUGUGCCGUUUGCAUUAAUAACCAACACAGCCUAAGGAGGUGCUGGGGGCAGCCUGCAAAUGUCACCACACAUUCCAGCACCAGCCAAGGUGUUCAGCAAAACAACGCAAGGAGAAACAGCAACACAGCAACAGUGAAACAAUCCCCCUUUCCUCCCUCGCUCCCUCCCUCCCUUCCACACAUAGACAGGUCUCCAACCGCAGGACAGGCCGCCCCCCGAGGGCUCGCGGACUUUGGGCCUUCCAACUUCCCCAGUGGACUCUCAGACUCGCAGAUUAAGCUGCAUUGUGCACUGCUAUGCAUUGAGAUAAAAGUCCAUCGAGGCUUACUGUAACUGCCAUAGCCUGCAAUGUUUUCAAUGUAGCCACUGAGGCCGUCCAUUGAUUGGGGUCGACGCGAUACACAAGCCAGGGGAGUACAAUAUGAAGAGCAAGCUGGUGCCCACAUUAGCAGGCUCCCCCUCUCCACGCAGCUGAUGAAUCCGAAGGAAUGGCAGAGACUGAUACAGUUUGGCACCAGUGGUGUCGCAGGAGUUGCCAGUCAGCGUUGAACUCAAUGUAGGACUGCCUUAGAGACUCCAGCUCUGGAAUUUUUCCACGGGUUUUACUCCCAGACCCUUCCCCCGUGAGUGUAUAUAUCCACAAGGCAGCAGAGGUUUGAGAUCCAGAGUUUUCUUUCUUCUAGAUGAGCUGCCAACCACAGCUGACGAGCGACUGGUUUUAAGGCACCAUUAAUGCACCUUUGCCCCGUCUUCUGUCAGUAGAAACAUCUCUGCUGGACUCUGUAGCUAAGCCGCACGUGAAGGCCAGGAGCUGGACUUGGUUGCCAGAGGCCAUCUGAGACACGCGCCAUUGGGAGAAUUGUGAGGUUGUGAGUGGGAACCUCUGCUGGUUAUAGCAAACCUUAAGGAACCAGUGCCAGUAAUGGAACCUUCUGUUGACUCCUUAGUGUCACUGUAUGUUUCGAUGGGCGUGUGUCUUUUGCAUCUUGUUCUUUGGAAGAGAACUGGUCCUGCAGAAAGUGUCCAGGGAGUCUGCUGGGAAGGCAAACAAAAAAGCGAGAAUACAACUUAAAAGCAAGAUUCUAAUUUUGGUGGGGUUAUGGCCCUUAGUUCCUGAUUUUUUUAAAAUACUUUGUAGUUUUAGCAGAUUUAAUCUUUGAGGUGGAAUACCAGUUAAAGUCUUAGUGAAUAAACUGAAGUAAAAAUAACUAUGGGAAGUUAUUUGCUAGUGAUGUGUAUUUUUGAGAUAGCAAACUAAGUAGUUUCUUUUUGCAGACUUUAUGGUUUUUUUUUAAAGAGCAAAGGAACUUGUAUUGGCAGAGUAUUUUGGGUAGUGGUUUUCUGUUGUAUUGGAGACAUACAGAGUUCAAGUUCGUUUAAUUGUCAUUCAACCAUAGAUGAAUUCCCAUGAAUACAGCCAAAUAAAACAGUGUUACACCGGGGCCAAGGUACAAAACACAGUACCGAAAGUCAUACACAGCACAAAGCACAUACAGCACAUAUUAAGAAAGCAGUAAACAUACGGUCAUACACAGAACAAAAAUAUAUAAUGUAACCCAGGUCCUUGAGUGUCAUGUUCUGUAGACUGCAGGCAGCACAGUAGUGUAGUGGUUAGCACAAUGCUUUACACAGGUUCAAUUCCCGCCGCUGCCUGUCAGGAGUUUGUACGUUCUCCCCGUGACUGUGUGGGUUUUCUUUGGGUGCUCUGGUUUCCUCCCGCAGUCCAAAGACGGUAGGUUAAUUGGUCAUUGUAAAUUGUUCCUGUAGGGUUAAAUCCAGGCAUUGCUGUGCGGUGUGGCUCAAAGGGCCGGAAGGGCCUGUUCUGCACUGUAUCUCAAUUUUUUUUUUAAAUUGAUGGUUACCUGUGUGUUGUCAGCAGGAACAAGUCCACAGAGGCUGGAAUAUGGAGCAAGAUACAAACUGCUGGAGGAACUUGGUGGGUCGGGCAGCAUCUGCGUCACAGAGCAGGGGCUUGAUCUGAAACUUCGACCCGCACUCUACCCCUGCAGAUGCUGCUCGGCCUGCUGAGUUCCUCCAGUGGUUUGAGUAUUGCUGUGAGUGAAAAGUCUGGAUGAGUUUCAUCUCUGUAGUCUUAUUUCUGCAUUGUGACCACACCUUAUUCUUGUAACUGCUCAAAGGGCAGGGCAGCAUUUAUAAAAAAAAAACAUCCACACAUUUGUUGAAAUGUGUGGUUAGAACAUAGAACAUUACAGCACAGUACAGUCCCUUCGGCCCACAAUGUUGUGUUGAACUCUUAACCUACUCUAAGGUCAAUCUAAUCCUUCCCUCCCACAUAGCCCUCCAUUUUCCUAUCAUCCAUGUGUCUACCUAAUGUAUCUGCCUCUACCACCACUCCGGCAGGCUGUUCCACACACCCACUGCUCUCUGUGUGACAAAACCCUCCCUCUGACAUCCCCCGAUACUUCCCUCCAAUCACCUUAAAAUUUUUCACCCUGGUAGGAGUCAUUCCUGCCCUGGGAGAAGGUCUCUGGCCGUCCACUCGAUCGUGCCUUUCCAGCCCCCUGUCAAGUCGCCUCUCAUCCUCCUCCACUCCAGAGAGAAAAGUCCUAGCUCGCUCAACCUGUCAACACAAACAAAAUGCUGGAGGAACCCAGGAGGCCAGGAAGCAUAACAUGGAAAAGAAUAAACAGCCGAUGUUUUGGGCCGAGACCCUUCAUCAGGACAGGAAAAAAGGAUCAAGAAGGUUGGGGGGGGUGGAGGGGAGGAAGAAGUACAAGGUGGUAGGUGAUAGGUGAAACCGGGAAGGGGGUGGUGGUGAAGUAAAGAGCUGGGAAGCUGGUAGGUGAAAGAACCUAUCCUCAUCAAACAUGCCAACCCUGGAAGCAUCCUAGUAAAGAAUUAGAAACAUCCUACCUCAUGAUAACACAGAAGGAGGCCUUUGGGCUCAUUGGGCUCAUGCUGUCUCCCAUGGAAGCCAUCCCAUGUCCCAUUUCUCCUCUCCUUAUUGCCCUGUAUGUCUGAAAUUUGUUCUCCCUCGCACUGGCCCACCAGCUCCCUUGAUGGUAAUUAAGGGCUCAUUUACAGUUUCCGAUUAACCUGUCAACUUACACGUCUUUGGGAUUUGGGAGGAAACCGGGGCAGCCAGGGGAAACCCACAUAGGCCAGUACUGAACUCAGGUUACUGGAGCCUAACCCAGGUGCCACCCUGUCUCCCAUGCUAGAGCUGGGCAGCAAGGCCCUAACUUCUGCCACUCUUUUUCAGAAGCACUGACUCAUUAAAAUAAAAUUGCACAAUAUAAAUAUUAAUAGAUUUGUUUUUAAUUACUCCGUAGUUUAAAUGGUUCAUCACAGACUAGAUGGGCUAAAGGGCCUGUUUCUGUGCUGUACUUUUCUCUGACUUUAUUUGGCAUCCUGUUCUGGAUGCUAAGACAAUAGUCAUUACCACCUCUGAUUCUGGAGAUAUUAAAGCCUCGUACACAUUUGUCAGUAUCUCAGUCCAUGAUGUUCUUGUGGUUUUGCCAGUCCGGUACCUCAAGGCCCCAGUUAGUGAGGUGUUCUCCAAAAGACCUUGUGAACGGCAGAAGGCACCAUAUCCCCAUGGGAAGGGAUCACAGUUCCUUUCCAGAAGGUUGUUCCAAGUUCAAGUUCAAAGUAAUUUAUUAUCUCACUAUAUACAACCCUGGGAUUCGUUGUCUUGUGGGCAUUCUCAAUAAAUCCAUUAUAGAAUAGAAAUAAUGCCUAAAACUGCUAUAACAGUAACAACAAUGUUCCAACAUAAUCAGUUAAAUUCCAUCCACUUGCUAAGGCAGUGCUCUUUACCAUGGAGUGCUGACUGUGAACAAGUCCAUAAGACAUGGGAGCAGAUUCAGGUCAUUCCGGCCAUCGAGUCCAUCAUGGCUAAUUUAUUAUCCCUCUUAACACCAUUCUCUUGCCUUCUCCACAUGACCUCUGACGUCCCUACUAAUCAAGAACCUAUCAACCUCCACUUUAAAUACAUCCAAUGACUUGGCUUCCAUGACAAAGAAUUUCACAGAUUCACCACCUUCUUGCUAAAGAGUUCCCCCUGAUCUCUCGUCUAAAGGAACAUCCUUCUAUUGAUAACAUGCCGGCUGGUCCUAGAUGCUGUCACUAUAGAGAACAUCUUUUCCACAUCCUCUUGGUUUAGGCUUUCCAAUAUUUGAUAGGUUUCAGUGAGAUCCCCCUCAUUCAUCUGAACUCCAACAAGUACAACUCCAGAGUGAUCAAACACUCCUCAUACAUUAACACUUUCCUUUCCAGGUUCACUUCUGGUGAAACAUUUAUGUGAGGAGUGAGCCUUGUAUCUAGCGCUUGGUCAGACCUCCAAAUCGGUACGCAGCAGACUGAUAUACAUUGACCACAGAAUUAAUCUUGCAACUUGCCUUGAGUCAAAGAUGUAUUUAUUUUUAAGCGAAGUUCACUGAACUGUGCACACAAUAUUCAGUAUGACAGAUAUACUAAAAUUAGCUUUAAUUAAAAACUGUCCAUUUAUAUCUGUAUAUUACCUUAUAACCCAGCAUCUGAAAUCGAUAGUCAUCUCCAUUCGUUUAAGAAUACAGAUUUGGGAGUUUGCUGCUUUUGUUUUUACAAACCAGAGACAGUUUUUUGUAACAUGGUACCUCACCUUUAGAGAUUUCAGCUACUCCAGAGUUUCAUAAGCUUCUGGCCAAGUGUAGACCUUGCAAAGAGAGAAAGCUGUGUCAGAGAGUAACUCACAUCCCUUCUGUUAAAGAACUGGAAUCUGCCAGGCAACAACUGAAACCAAAUACUAGAAAUCAGGACUGGUGAAAUGAACUCAGUGGCCACUUUAUUAGGUGCCUCCUGCACCUAAUAAAGUCACCUAGUGUACGUUCAUGGUCUUCUGCUGCUGUAGCCCAUCCACUUCAAGGUUUGCUGUUUUGUGCAUUUGGAGAUACUGUUCUGCACACCACGGUUGUAACUAGUUAUUAUUUGCCUUACUGUCACCUUCCUGUCAGCUUUUGCCGGUCUGCCCAUUCUCUUCUGACCUCUCUCAUUAACAAGGCUUUCUUGCCCACGGAGUUGCUGCUCACUGGGUGUUCUUUGUUUUUCCGCACCGUUUUCUGUAAACUCAGGAGACUGCUGUGCAUGAAAUUCCCAGGAGAUCAGCAGUUUCUGAGAUACUCAUACCACCCCAUCUGGCACCAAAAAUCAUUCCACAGUCAAAGUCACUUAGAUCACAUUUCUUCCCCACUCUGAUGUUUAGUUUGAGCAACAACUGAACCUCCUGACCAUGGCAGCAUUUAUGCUUUGAAUUGCUGCCACACGAUUGGCUGCUGAGAUGUUUGUAUUAAUGAGCCGGUGUACAGGUGUACCUAAUGAAGUGGCCACUGAGUGUAUAUUUGAGAUGUCCAGAAUGUGGAGAGGGAACAAGAGGACUUGAGAUUGAUCUAGUGAAACACUAGUGUUAGAUGAAACUCGAGUUGCUUCAUAGAAAGUUCUCUGCCAGUGAGUGAUUCUUGAAGGCAGGUUAUGAUGUGAGGAGUUAGUCUUGCACCUUGUACUUAAUUAGACCUGAUUUGCAUUGACCACAAAAUAAGGUUAAAGCCUUGAACCAAAUUAUCUAGCUAGAUAUUCCUCCUUCAACCUCACGAUGUCAGGAUCUUCUAUUUUUCUAUUUCUCUGUCCUACCACUCCAAUGAAGUAUUUUGUAACUUUUAAGUGUCAUAAUCUUUAAGUCUCCUGACUAUACCUUUCUCCCUCCAGAAGAUGUACAUCUUCUCAGAGAGAGGGACACAGUGCUCAAAAGAUUAGUUGUAGAUGAUCUAGGCCUAGCAACCUUUAAUGAGCUAGUUGAUGCGAUGGUGACGGGUAAUUCUGCUCCUGGCAAAACCAGGUCAGAGUCACAGUCUGUGAGAGGUGGAGGGGGAGCGGUCAGAAGGCUGGUCUAAACCUUGAUGGAACUGAGCUGUCCCUGACGAUUCAUAUGAGAAGUGUGAGCCAUGAUCAUAAACACAAGAUAUUCUGCAGAUGCUGGAAAUCCAGAUCAACUCGUACAAAACUCAGCAGGUCAGGCAACUUCUGUGGAGGGGAAUAAACGGUCACUGUUUCGGGCCGAGACCCUUCAUCAGGACUAGAAAGGAACGGGGAAGAAGCUUCCUUCUCUUUCCCCGCCCCCCCCCCCCCACUCCUUCUGGAUUCCUGCCCUUGCUUUCCAGUCUUGAUGAAGGGUCUCGGCCCGAAACAUUGAUUGUUUUAUCCUCUGCAUAGACCUGCUGAGUUCCUCCAGUAUUUUGGGUGUGUUCAGCCAUGAUGAUGCCCACUCUAACUGUGUGUGUGUGAGAGAGAGAGGGGGUGUGCACGCUGAAACUAUUAAUUGAUAAAUUUCAAUGCUAUUGCUUAAGGUAGACUGCAGAUUUCACUGAGGGGUGACCGAUUGCUGAGAGGGGCAGGAGCAAUCCAAGGUGGACCGAUUCAGGGUCACGAAAGUCUAGUGUGAAUGAGCUGUGCUCAGUGGAAUGAAUGAUUAAAGAAUAGCUUUAUUAGUCACAUGUAGCUGUAUAUCAAAACCUACGCUUGCUGCGUGUUUGCAUCAAAUCAGCGAGGAUGGUGCUGGGUUGCCUACAAGUGUCACUUCACUACUGGCGCCAACAUAGCACGCCCACAGUUCACUCACCCUAACCUGUAUCUCAUAGAGCCGUAGAGCACCACAGCACAGAAACAGGCCUUUCAGCCCAUCUUCUCCAUGCUGAACUGUUAUUCUGCCAAGUCCUAUUGACCUGCACCUGAAGCAAAGCCCUCUGUACCACCCCCCCCCCCCCUCUGUUGCAAUCAAACCUGCAUCCACCACUCUCCGAGUGAAGAACUUCUUUGGAAUGCAAGAGGUAACGGGGAGAAUGCAUAAACUCCUUACAGACAUUGGUAGGAAUUGAACCCCAAUCCUAUAACCAGUGCUGUAAAGCAUUUUUCUAACUGAGACGCUACCAUGGAGAAACAGUCCCCAGCUUUGAACCUCGAUGAUCAGUCGUUCUCCUGAGGACACCCUUUACACGUUGCACUGUUCAUUUCAUCUCCUCAAGUGUAGUAGAAACCUGUCCUCACUAAAGCCUCGUAUUAAUCAGGAAACCGAAGAGAGUACAGAGUGUGAAGCCUGCUGAUUGGAACUUACCAUGGCUUCCAGGAGAAUUUAGUGUAGGGAUCUGCAGUAAUUGCGUGCCACCUUUCAUAAAUAGAACUCCAGUAAAACUCCAGGAAACAAAGAAACCUCUCACAGCCCCAGAAACUAAAGCUAGGAUCCACUCCUCUUCCUUCUCACAGUCUUCCUCAAACUUGCCAAGGGAGGUAUUGUACAGAGCACAGAGGAAGUCUCAGGUUGGGAUGCAGGGAGAGGCAAGGAUGUGGCGGUGACUUGUAAGGGAAAGGAUGCUGGAAAUUCCCCGGGAUUCCGUCCGGUCUGAGAUAAUCUAGACCAAUGGUUCACCAAGCACAGUGCGAAUGAGCAAGAACACAGAGUCAUAUCCAUUGAGUAACUUACAAUGAGACAUCAUUGUCUCAAUGACUCACUUCAGUUCGCAUGCACUGAAACCCUCAUCCACACUUGUUCACUCAGAAUUGAGGGUUCUGCACAUUUCCUCAUUCUAUUCUCUAUAAACCCAAGGUCAUCCAAAUCUCUGCCGACCUCUGACCCCACCUGCAUCACAUCCCAUUCUCCACUGCUCCCUGGUCCUCACUGGCAACACCUCCAUUUUAAACUACUUGUAUUUAUUUCAGAUAUCUCCGUGGUCUCAGCCUCUCUGUCUCUGACAUCUCCUUUAGCGUUCUCGACGUUCCUCCAAACCUGAAGAGUUGCAUCUGAUCCCACCACCUCCUCUGGCAGCGAGUUCCAGAUGUCACCUCUCUCUGCAUAUAAAAACAAGACAUUCCCCUCAAAACUCUUUUAAAUCUCCUUUCUCUUGCCUUAAAUCUAGACCCUCUUGUUUUCUGACAUGUUUACCAUACCCUAGCUAAGCCUCUAAUAACUUUAUAUACCACUAUCAGAUCACUCUUCAACCUCCUCUCGUCAGGGGGAGACGAGCAUGGCCCUAUCCAAUCUCUUCCCCCAUAACUAAGGCCUCCAAUCCAGGCAACAUCCUGGUGAAUCUUCUCUGCUGUUUAAACAGCACGACCACAUCUACAUCCUUCCUCUCGUGCAAUGACUGGAUCUGCACACAAUGCUUCAAGUGCAGCCUAAACAACAUAUUGUAAAGUUGACACAUAACCUCCUUAACCUUAAUAUUCUCUAUCUUCGGUACUUGGCCCUUCACUGCUCUGUGGAGCAUAGGCUAUUGAUGACCUCGCAUGUCCAUUGUCCUCUGCAGUCGAUGGUAUGGUUGGAGUUCAUCAACAUUUCUGCAAUCUAUUGCUUCCACUGUACAGGAGAUUGGCCUAGACAGCUUCACCGGAGCCCUGGUGGCCAGCCUUGCCCAUUUCCACCUCCCACAACAGGGACGUAGGGUUAGACUUUGAGGGAUGUACCUUAUGUAACUUGACCUAUUAAGGCAAACGUGACAUCUUCCAUCUUCACCACCCUGUUGACCUGUGUUGUGACUUCCAAGGGACUGGGCACCCCAAAGUUCCUCUGUUCAUCAUCACUCUAUGAUGCUGUGCCAGUUUCACUGUACAGGUCCUACAAGUAAUCAUAUCUAAUAUUCGACUUCUUUCAUUUUGCCGUCCUCUCCCCUAGUUCAGAUUGACAUCAUGGUCAGAAAAUUGGGCCAAAGGGCCUGUUUCUGUGCUGUAUGACUCUAUGCCUGUUGUCUUUGAUUCACUGUAUCCUUAAGCAACCUUCCUCACUGUCCACAAUGCUAACUUCAGUGCCAUCUGCUCACCUAUUGGGAUUUAAUUGGUCCAUAGCUGGCUGUAGCUUCAGCCAUCUGGAUCCCUAGCUCUGGCCUUCCCUCCUGACCACCCCUCUCCCUCCUCAUCCACUUCCCUAGGCCUCAAAAGACCUACCUCUCUGACCUAGCUUUUGGGCACCCAUCCUUUCGAGUGGCACCAAAUUAGUUUAGUUGCUCAUGCUCCUGUCUAGUGCCAUUUGGAAACUUGUUGGGAUCCCAGAGAAGUCCAUUGAGAGGAGGAGUUAAUGGGAAUGUUUCGUAAAACAAAAGUUCAAGGUAAAUCUAUUAUUAAAGUACAUAUAUGUCACCAUGUAGCAUCUGAAAUUCAUUUUCUUGUGGGCAUUCCUAAUAACUCCUGUAACCGUAAUCGAGUCAGUGAAAGACCACACCGACAGGGCAGACAACCUGUGAGCAAAAGACAACAAACUGUGUAAAUAAAAGAAGAGAGAAACAAUAAUAAUAAAUAAAUAAGCAAUAAAUAUCGAGAACAUGAAAUGAAGAGUCAUUGAAAGUCAGCCCACUGGUGGGAACAUUUCAAUGAUGGGGUGAGUGAAGAUGUCCCUUUGGUUCAGGAGCCUGAUGAUUGAGGGGUAAUAACUGUUUCUGAACCUGGUGGUGUGAGUCCUGAGGCUCCCGUACGUUCUUCCUGAUGGCAGCAGCGAGAAGAGAGCAUGACGGCUGGUGGGCUCCCAUUGAAGGAAUGGUUUUCCAAGAGUACCAGACCAGACUAAGGGUAUGAAAAAUAAAUUACUCUUCAUUUUAAAGACUUGUGGCUUUAACAAAGUCAUAGAGUUGAAGUGGAGAACCUGGAGUGACAAGGCCCGAUUAGUUAGUACAGGGACUGCCUGCAUGCUCUGAUGUGUGCAUGUGUAAACUCUUGUUGGUGAUCAUGGCUGAAGCAACACACUCAAAUUGCUGGAGGAACUCAGCAGGUCAGGCAGCAUCUAUGGAGAUGAAUAAACAGUCGAUGUUUUGGGCCAAGAUCUUUCAGGACUGGAAAGGAAGGGAAAAAACAGAAUAAAAAGGUGGGGAGGGUGGGAAUGGGAAAGAGGACAAGUUAGAAGGUGAUAAGAUGCAGGUUUGAAAGUUGGAAGUUCAGCUGUUUGAGUCUUUGCCUCCCCUGAAGUAACUGACAGUACUCUUACAGGUCUGUAUAGCUGCUGUGGCACUGGUGACAAAAUCCAGUUUGUCUUCUGUUUGAAAUGCCUCCUUGGAUUUUUCAUUCUCAGCCAUGCGAGAUGAUCUACUCUUUGUUUAUCUGACUGUUCUGAGGGGUUGUGUUACAUUCAGUGACCAUACCACAUUGUAAUCAAGAACACCAUUU